AUGUAUUCGAGAAGUUUUAAUUUUUGUACUAAAGGGCUUUGGAAUAGUAGGAAUGGUAUAGUACAGAUAUCAAAUCAGUUCCGAUAUAUAAGAUUAUAUAAUACUGAUCGAUUUUUAAAUUUAAUACAAAUAUUAAAAAAAGAUAAGGGAAAAAUAUUUUUAUUCUUUAGGGAUGAUACAACAAAGUCAUGGGGACAGCUUCAUUUUAUGGAAAAGGCUACUCGGGUAGUUUUAAUUAGUUUAAAAUUAUCUGUUAUUAUUGUAGGGGUUGUUGUUUUAUCUUUAGCAAGCUACUCUUUAGGAAGCUAUCUUUUUGUUGUAGAGGCCCCUGCGAUAAAUAUGUCUCUUGAAUAUAUAAAAAAUAAUGAGGAGUGUAAAAGAUUACUUGGAAAUAAUAUAAAGGUGUUUAGUGGGUCUUUACAAAAUAGUAUUCGUCGCAAUUCAUAUAUACCAUCUCAAAGAAUAAUAGAGCCAGAUGGUCGUGAACAAAUAAUUAUGCGAUUUUAUGUAAGAGGGGAAAAAUCCCAAGGUGAAGUAAGCCUUAAAAUGAUUAGAAAAACAUUUGAAGAAAGUUUUCAAUAUCAAUAUUUAUAUCUUGAUGUAAUAGUGGACAAUUCUCUUCGUAGGAUAUGGUUAAUUGACGUCAAUAAAGCUAAAAAUGAAAUGAAAAAAAAUAAUUUUCUUUUACGUUUUUGGGGAUUAAGAUAG